GACGCCCCGCCCCCGCGCGGCGCUGCGGAACCGGAGCUCCGGGCGGCGUCGGUAGCGGCGCGGGAGGUGGUGAGGCCAGGGCGGCAGGAGCUCGCGCCGCGACCGCAGCGAGAGCGGCGGGGACAGAGCAGACCACGGCGAAGGCGCACAGGCAGCCGGGCCGGGUCGGGCCACGGGGAGAGCGGCCGCUGGGAAGCGGGCGGGAGGCCGGGCGGGCAGCGGGGAGCUGCCGAGCCGCCGAUCGACAUGGUGCUGCUCAAGGAGUAUCGAGUCAUCCUGCCUGUGUCUGUAGAUGAGUAUCAAGUGGGGCAGCUGUAUUCUGUGGCUGAGGCCAGUAAAAAUGAAACUGGUGGUGGUGAAGGUGUGGAGGUCCUGGUGAACGAGCCCUACGAGAAGGAUGGUGAGAAGGGCCAGUACACACACAAGAUCUACCACUUACAGAGCAAAGUACCCACAUUUGUUCGAAUGCUGGCCCCCGAGGGAGCCCUGAAUAUACAUGAAAAAGCAUGGAAUGCCUACCCUUAUUGCAGAACUGUUAUUACAAAUGAGUAUAUGAAAGAAGACUUUCUGAUUAAAAUUGAAACCUGGCACAAACCAGAUCUUGGCACCCAAGACAACGUGCACAAACUGGAGCCUGAGACAUGGAAGCAUGUGGAAGCUGUAUAUAUAGACAUUGCAGAUCGAAGCCAAGUGCUUAGCAAGGACUACAAGGCAGAGGAAGACCCAGCAAAAUUUAAAUCUAUCAAAACAGGACGAGGACCUCUGGGCCCAAACUGGAAGCAAGAACUGGCAAAUCAGAAGGACUGCCCAUAUAUGUGUGCAUACAAACUGGUUACUGUCAAGUUCAAGUGGUGGGGCUUGCAGAACAAAGUGGAAAAUUUUAUCCAUAAGCAAGAGAAGCGUCUGUUUACAAACUUUCACAGGCAGCUAUUCUGUUGGCUCGAUAAAUGGGUUGACCUGACUAUGGAUGACAUUCGGAGGAUGGAAGAAGAGACAAAGAGACAGCUGGAUGAGAUGAGACAAAAGGACCCAGUGAAAGGAAUGACAGCAGAUGACUAAAGCCACCUCUCCCCUUUCUGCACUUUUUGCAAGACAGUGGUCAACAGGAAGGCCCAGCAGCUCCACCCUCCUGAGUGGCAGGCCAUCUUUGGACGCAGCCUUUCUGUGCCCGUUCUUCAGGCAACUUUCAAUCCCAUACUGUAGCUAAUUCUAGAUGCCCUUUAACAUUGUGAACAAAUAGACCGUCUGGUAUUACAAAGCCUGUGUGCGCAGGAGCCUGCUCCUCUAAGAUACAUGGUAUAGGUUGCUGUAUUUACAGCUCCUCCCUCUCUCUCCAUUGUAUUCUGACCCAUUUCUAUGUGUGCGCCUCCCUCCAAUACCUUUAUUUCCAAGUGACAUUUUUAGUCUUUCAACUUAGCUGCCUUCUGUGAUGCAGUGACUUAAGUUCAUUUGUUUUCAACCUUGGGGUAAACUGAGGUAUUUUACUUCCUGGGCAGAUCUUUGGCAAUUCUGAGUAUUCACUUGGGGAGAGAGGGUGAGUUAGAAAUACAGAGAUGUUACACCCACCCCUCUCCUCAAAGUUCUGUACACUAAGAAUGUGGCUUCAUAACCUUGACCUCUGUACCUAGUAAGCUGUUGUUAGAGUGCUCUAAGCACCAAGGAGGUACCCAAGGCCCAGCUAAUCUAAGGAAAUUUAGCAAAUAAUAAAUAACUCCUACUCCAGUCAUUGCAUCUCUGGGUAAUAUUCUCAGAAACAACCCUGGCUUCUCAGCCCUUCUGUUGCUCACUCUGUCCAAAUCUGCAGAACCUGCAGGAAUUGUCCGGUAUAGCCCCUAGAAUUGAAUCUGCCCAUAGACACCACUCUGUCUGACCCCUGAGGAGCUCUGUAUGUCCAUGCUCCUCUUCCCUUUUGGGCUGGUGCUGCCACUCAGCAAUAAUCCUCUGUUCUCCUUGCUUUCUUAGAUCACUGUCCUCUUUGAGGCUAGUUAGGAUGCAAGAGUCCUGAUCUUUUCAUGCUGCACAAAAUGAGCAUGCAAAAAGCUUUUUUUUCCCCCUAGCAGAACAUGUAUUCUCCUGUCUCUAAUCACUGGAGUUUGUGGAUCAAGAACGCAGCUCAUCCUGCCCCCAUGCUGAGUUCUGUCCUGGACAAUCAAAAGCAAGCAGUGACUGUAGCCUAGAACUCUACCAUAGUAGGCUGGUGAAGAAGCCCAGGCUCCAAAAGAGAAGCUGCUGAGUGCUUCCUAGUUUCUCCAGCUUGGCAGAAACACUAUGCCUUCCUGGUGGGAGAAUGCUAUAGAGCUGUGGUGUCACCUCACAUUUCCCAAGCCUUGUGAAGUCAGUCAGCCAAGUGUUCUGUGAACCAAGCCCUGCUAGCCUGGGUAUCCCAGAUAGAGACAAGAUCUCUGUUAGGGAAGCAUGGGAACGAGAAGUGGGAUGGGACAGUUUAUCCUAUGUUUUUGUCAGUUUGUUUGCCUUACUCAUUUCUAAGUGCAAUAAGGGAGUGUCUCACAGGACUAUACCUGUGACACCCUGAUUGGAUGCUUCCCUAUGGUCCUCCUGGAGCAUGGGUGGACAGAUUUGGGCCCCUCAGCAUGGUUAUCGCUGACUUUCAAUUGCAAUCCCUUUGAGACCAGGAGAUGAUGUCCUGUUAGAGAAACCUUCCCUGUAUAAGUCUCCUCACCAUGGAGUCUUUUGUAAUGUACUCGGGCAUUUUGGCUGGUGAUUGGCAUCUCAACUUCCAGCAGCAUGUACUGGACUGGGAAAGGUGGAGAAGAGGCAUUCCUACUGGAGAAAAAUGUAAAUGUUCUCCUACAAGUUCUGUAUUACCUAUCAAUUAUAUUUGUGCUUAAAGAUUUUCCUUCUAAUCAUUCAUCAACUAGGCGAAGUCCAGGUGUGAUCUAUCAUGGGACAAACUGAUACCCUAAGCAGACAGUUUUAUGUGGCUUGAGGAUCAGAUGUUUGUCUUCCUUUGCCACCACUUUGAGCUCCACACAUAUCAAUCACCUUAGCUGCAGUUGGGGCUCACUCUUUAUCUGCCUUUGCUCUAGCUUCUUCUGCCUCGGUCUACUGCCCACAUUUGAAAGUAUCCAAAUGAUAUGAACUAGAAUUUCCUGAGAUCAGCCUGGAUCUAGGGUUCCUGACCAUAUCAACAAAUAAGGAGAGGUGUCCCUGGUCAGUCCCAUCCCCAUGAGUGGUGUUGCUGCUGGGCAAGUGUUGGCUUCUUUUAAAUACCCCUUUUCCUCGUCACUCACCCCCAAACUGACUAGCACUCAGAGGGCUUAUGAUCAAAGACUCAGCUCUGAUGAUAAUACCUGAGGGUGUCAUAACCCUUCAGACCAGCUGCUUCCAUUAGAUUUCCAGGGUCUUAGUCCCAACUGGAAGCAGCAGUGCCUCUGCAUGAGGCCUCCUGGGCUCUGGCCUUCUUGUGGAGAGAGGUUGGAAGGGACAGGGUCAGUAUUGUGGGCAUGUGUAUAUCUUCUCAAAUUCUCCUUCUACAGUCCCUCCUGGGACUCUCUGACUUAUUUCAGUUGGUUCUUAGUGCUACUUCUUUUACAAACUACACUUUGUAGAACUGAUUAGAUUACCUUGUUUAUUUAAUGUGAGUUUGUGCCUUUUUGUCUCAAUCUUCCAAUACAGGUAUAUUGGGAAAAAAAAGCAGUCUAAUAAAAUCCUAGACAGUUUUCUUGAGUCCA